CCCUCCUCGCCCCCCUCCCCUCGGAUGCCCGUGCGCUCUGCUCUCGCUCCACACUCCGCUCCCGGUCCCUCCCGUCUCAGCGCAGCCGCGGCGGCCGGCCAUGGCAGAAUUCUUCAGGCCAUUGAUCGUUACUGCCAAGACAAUUGCUACGAUGGUAAUUCGUCCGUCGCUUUGCCAGAUUGAGGAAUUGGUUGCAUGGAUCGAGUGCCCAAAUUGCAAAUACCGCAUUGAUAAUACUGAUGUUCUAUCACAGUGGCCAGGACUCCCUGCUGGUGUUAAGUUCGAUCCAACUGAUCUCGAACUGCUUGAACAUUUAGAAGGAAAGGUCAGCAGGGCAGCGUCCCAUGUACUAAUAGAUGAUUUUAUUCCAACCAUAGAGGAGGCUGAAGGAAUCUGCUAUACACAUCCGGAAAAUCUCCCUGGUAUCAAGAAUGACGGGAGCACCUGUCACUUCUUCCACAAAGUAUCCAAUGCAUACGUUGUUGGCAAGCGUAAGCGUCGCAAGAUUAGCAACAGUGACCACACUGUUUGUGAUGAGAAUCUCAGAUGGCACAAGACUGGAAAAUCGAGAUCUAUCUUAGAUAAUAACGGUGACAUAAAAGGGUGGAAGAAAAUAUUGGUUCUUUACAUAGGUUACCGGAAAGGAGGUGGCAAGACAGAAAAAACUAAUUGGAGAAUGCAUCAGUACCACCUUGGGGUAGAUCAAGAUGAGAAGCAGGAGGAGCUUGUUGUUUCCAAAGUCUUUUAUCAGGUGCAGUCAAUGAAUGCUGGGCAGUCUCUAGUGUGCGGUGUUAAUGAAGAAUUCGAUUCAUUUGCUGGGGAAAACGAUCCUACAACCUCAAUGCCAUACCCUCUGCAGACUCGUUGCCCAAACGGUAGUCCAUCCGGAACCGAGCAGAAUCAGGAGGGAGAGUCCCGCGUGUCUACAGUUCGGGAAGCUGGGGAAUGGCUCGCGGGAAGCUCGUCGCAUGCCGUGGAGGACGCAGCGGUGUCUGGCCUGGAUGAACACCUGUCACACGGCGGAGCCCCGGACGCCACCUACCCUGACCCUGAGGGGCAGCCUCUGCCUCUUGACGCCGAGGCGCUCCAGGAGUUCCCCGACCUCGGAACGCCUCAGGAUAUCUCCCUUCCGACUGACAUGCAGCUCGAGUCGCAGGAUAGCAUGGAGAUGUGGCUGGCCAGCGUGUUAACAGAGGAUGAGGAGGGGUUUGAAGCAGCAGAGCAACGAGAAGAGGCCGGUUUUUCUCCGUGAUGUAGUAGUACGUUGUAUCGCUGUGCAUGAGUGAUGGAUCUCCGAGAAAAUUUUGUAUAUGAUCCUGGAGCUUGCCAACUGAAGUUAGCUCGGCUGUGUUUAAUGUUUGUAGUAGUAAGUAGCAGACAUUUGUUUUCAAAAAUGUAAAUGUGGAAGCACCGCUCCCAAUUUCAUA